AACCACAGUAGAAAUCGCCCUAGUUUUCUCGGAAGAGCUGGUACGAUUUGGGAAGUGAGCAGGCAGGGGCAGGCAUGUCGUACGUUGAAUUCCAGCCAAGCUUUUCCUGGAGCAGUUUGCAGCAAUGCUCGGUCUGGGAGCACCGGUUGUCACUUGGAGGCCUGCUUCGGAGGGGACAUUCAUUGUAGGCGUCCAGGUCGACAUGGAACCAACUGAUACUGUUCCUUCCCUGUACUUUGAAGCUGCUGGAGCAACUAUAGCUGAGGCUGAACAGGCUGCUUCACUGAUGAUUACCUAUGCCUUAGCAACCGAACGUCAGGUGCAAAUUAGAGACAUCAAUUACCCUGUGGUGGCGUACCAGCGCCAACAGCUGGACGAUGCUGGCAAGAAGCUAGUGGAGACUAAGCACCUGUGUGUUGAGCUGAUGGAUGCUCUCCGCUCCAGUGAAAAAGAAGUAGCUUUUCUGGAGUGUCUUGUUCACAUGUUUUAUCGCCGCAUUCGCUGCCUGAAGGACACUGUUGCUGCCCUGCGGCGUGGGGGCGGGGGUGGUGAUGGAAGCUCCAAUGGCAGCUCCUGAACAAGGGGUCUGUCAGCAUCCUAGCAGUACCCAGUCAUCUAUAAAAUAGUAUGCUAACAAUAAAGUCUUGCAGAGUGUGGGUUUGGGUGGUGCAGAUGUCUAGGCUGCAAAGGCUGCAAGUGAAAGUUGAAGUAGGGUGGAGAUGACACUGUCAUCUUUCUUGGGGCUAGAGAAGGGCAAUGACCUGUAGUAGUUUUAUACUUCGCAUGUUAUGAAUGAGCUUAAAAUAUCUACAUCUGCUUUACAUGUGAUGUAAGAACUUAUAAUCUGGGAUCUGAAUACUAUGAAACUACUAGCUAUAUUAUGUUCCUUGUGCAACUUUACUUUUCCAAGAAUUUGU